AUGGCUGAUAUUGUCAGUCGAUUCGGGCCUCGAGUCGAGGGGACCUGUGACUGGAUCACCAAACACGGCAAGUAUCAGUCCUGGCUCCAGGCACCAUGUUCAAGCCUCCUUUGGAUUUGUGGCGGGCCUGCGACGGGGAAGACAUAUCUCUCGGUCUUUCUUGUCGGUGAGUUGGAAAAGACCGUCAAGGGUGGCGUGCCGAAUCCACAUGAUAAUGAACUGCUUGCGUACUUUUUUUGCAGUCAAGAGGAUCAAAAGCGAAAUACCCCUGGAGGGUUGCUCCGGGGACUGAUAUAUCUCCUGCUUCAGGUGAAACCCGAUUUGAUUGACUGCAUGUUGGAGGAUUUCAGCCGCCUCAAAAGCCAUAACAGUCUCUUUGAUCCGUCCAACAAAGAGGCUUUGUGGAGAAAUUUUGAACAGAUGCUCCUCCAGUCCGGACUUGACAAGAUCUAUUUCGUCUUGGACGCCCUUGACGAAUGUGCGGGAGAUUCUCUGCAAUGGCUUCUUCAGAAGCUGACAAGCCUUGUGUCUCCGAAUAUGCCAACUCAGAGGCCGAUCCUUAGAAUGGUCAUCGCCGCCCGCCCGGUUCCGGAUGUCCGCAAAUAUCUUUACAAGUUUCCCAAAAUCACUGCUGGACAAGACGAUCACUUGAGCCACGACCUCCGGCUGUUCGUCUCAUCCAAAAUUGAAGAUCUUGCAGAGAAACAAAGCGCCAUGGAGGAGGAAAAUAAGAGAGCAAUCGUCAAGGAGAAGUGGCUCGCGGCGACAAAACCACUGAGGAUGUUUGCAACCGAAACAUUUUUGUGGGUCAGUUUCGUUAUCAGGGAUCUGGAGCAGUGCUAUCUUCCUGAAGUUGAAGAAAAGCUACGCACCCUGCCUCACGGUCUCGAUGGAUAUUAUGAGCGGAUGUUGCACCAGAUCUCACAGCAGGGACAACAUCAGGAAAUCAUCGCUAGGGUCAUCCGCUGGGUUGCAAUGGCUGUGCGCCCGUUGACUCUCGUGGAGCUGAGCAUUGCGACAGACAUCCUUCCCACUGAGUCUCACAGCCAAAAGCAGGAGAUGAUGGAAUCCUACGUAAAUCGUUGCGGUUAUUUUCUCAAGGUCAAUCACGGCACUGUCAGUCUUAUCCAUCAAUCGGCGCGGGACUACUUGACGCGCAUUCAUCGAGACCAGGGGGCGCCUCGCUUCAGUUUGUUUCGAAUUGAUGAAGCCGAGGCGCACCUCCAAAUAGCGCAAACCUGUCUGAAGUAUAUCCAAGGUGGCUUCAGAGGUGUCAACCCCUUUGCAGGCGGCCGCACGAUCAUCAAUCUCGGCCGCAGCCAGCCCAAUUUGGAGUCUCCAGAGGUACAAGCAUUUCCUCUUCUCCAAUAUGCCGCCCUUAACUGGGCAGAACACGCUCGAUGCUCGUCACGGGAAGCGGCUAUUUUUGAUCUCUCAGAACCUUUUUUCCAGGCGAAAUCGCCCGUCCGCCAGACCUGGCUGCAUAGCUAUUGGCGCACCACCAUGCCGGACUGGCCGCCGCCUGACGAAUCUUUCGGCUUAAUUCACAUGUCCUCAUUCUUCGGUCUGAAGGCGAUGAUGGAGGCUCUUCUCGCCAGAGAGAAUCCAUUGAAGCGGAUAUUUUCCAGCACGGUGAACCAGAAGUCCGACUUGGACAUGAUGCCUCUCCACUGGGCCGUUCGGAAUGGGCACGAGAGCGUUGCGAAGCUUCUCGUGGAUCAUGGCGCCGACAUCGACGCCAAAGGGUAUGGGUUGACCCCAUUGAUCUGGGCAGUUCGCAACGGAAGGGAAAGCAUCGCUAAAAUGCUUCUUGAUCACAACGCUGAGAUCAAUGAAAAGGGUUACGGCAUGACAGCGCUCCACUGGGCAGCCAGGGAAGGACGAGAAAGCUUCGUUCGUCUUCUCCUGGACCGGGGAGCCGACAGCUCCGUCAGAACCACAUCGCACACAAUCGGAGAUACCUCCGGAGAGGUGGCAAUUUCAAACGCCGUAAAUAGAGAAUUUCCUUGGGCGACUGUUGACGAAGCUAAUGCGUUCUCGCUCCAGGCGCAGGCGGAGGAUCGUAUCAUUUCAGAGAAAAGAGAUAUCAAAAUUUCUGUUAUUGUGGGAGCCUUUACAGUUGCCAACAUCUCUUCUCUCUCUGUGAUGUACAUUCACGAUAGGUUCAGCAUUCCUUGGGCUCCUCCAUCAAGAGCACUGCUAUUGACCUUGAUUACAACAACACUUGGAGGACUCGCUCUGGGUACAGCAAUCGCUGGCACGGGGUUUCUUCUGGGCUCUUUGUUGCUCCAAGGUUAUUUUGCCCUUACGAUGAGUCUUGGCUCAUGGUAUUGCGGUGCAUUCAGAAUCCCAUUUUCCCUAGCUGCGCGCCCUACGACAUGUGGGAAUUUCUACUUCCGCGUCAUCGUGGACAGCCUUUGGGUGUUGGUCUGUGUCGCCAUGUGCGUCGGCGCUGCGUGCCUUUCAGGUGAAAAAGUGUGGGUUGGCAAAUACCAAUGGGCGUGGUAUCCCUUCGUUGCAUUAUGGUGGAUAGGUCUUGUGGCCUGCGUAAUGAGACGAUCAGCUCCUCUCGCUCUUUAUUGGGGCUUUGUCGGGUUUACCGUAAUGAGUUGGGGCAUAGCAACCACUGCGGCUCUGAGUAAGGAUCCGCCGUUAGGCAAGACCGCAGCCCAGAUGGCCUUGUUGGGAGGGUUUGUGGAGCUUGCGCAGCUACUUGAAGAAUCCGAGAAGGGAUCUACCGCCCUGAAGGCUGCUGAAACAAGCAACGAUCCCGUCUCUUGUGACGAUAGGGGGCCGACUCAAUAA